CAAUGCGGUGAUCGGGAUGUAAGGAAGAAUGGCGACGGUUGACGGGGUGUUGGAGGAUAGAGUCGAGCUCAAUUCGACCAAACAGAAGCGGUAACACAGGUAGUGUCCAGAAAUGGAGGCUGAAAUAACCGUGUCCUCUUCAUCGAGUGUGAUCUCACCCUCUGCUCCUCAGACAUCGACCACCAAGGCCAACCUGGUGGCAAAACAGCGAGACAAUCGAAAGACCACCACCACAACUCCCGCCUUUCUCUCCAACCUGGGCAGGGCCACUCUGCGGGGGAUUCGCAAGUGUCCACAGUGUGGCGUCUACAACGGCACCCGUGGGCUCAGCUGCAAGAACAAGGCCUGUGGGGUGUCCCUCAGGAACGCCUCAGCAGGGGGUAGAAACAGCAAGAAAUGUGGGGGAGGGGUGCAGGUGUUUUCAGUGCGUCACAGAGGGAGAGGAGCCACAGCUACACAGUUCGGCUUUGUUGAGCUUGUUCCCACUGACACUGCUAUAGCAACUGGCGAUGGAGCCACCUUGCUAACCCAGAUCAAUCUGGGCCGCUGUUUUUUGCCUUCUUGCAGACAAGGUCAAAGGUCAAAUCAGGGUGAGGCAGACUCAUUGGCAGCCAGUUCCAGGCAGUCUUCUUCAGACAGUCUCUGCAUCCACAUCAAACAAGCCAUCGAGUGUCGAAGCUGCGCGUCGCCGCUGACCUUAAAGAGCUCUGUCUUGGAGGGUUUGCAGGCCUCCAUUCAAGCCAGAGAGGAGCUGUGGAGGCUGGCCACAGAGUCCCCGGGGCCCCUGGUGCAGCGAGUUUCAAAAGACACUCUAGUGGUGAAGUGCCACACAGAUUCCUAUCACCCUCUGGGCCUCCUGCAUCUCACUGUAGGUGCAGGUGAACUGUCUGAGGUUUUAAAGGGUGACAGAAGGGGCAGAGAAGCCCAGCAGCAAGCCGUGUUCCACUGUGCCUGCCAGGUUAGCAACAGAAGAAAUAAACUGGGUGCUGGUGGAGCAGGUGGAUCAACCAAAUGCCAUUCUUCUCUAAGCUCGGCCACACCACCGCCCUGCCUUCACUUCUAUGCCUGUGUGUGUGCCUUUGCAAGUGAUGAGAAACUGGCUUCAGAGUUUUCUGCUUUCAUCGGCUACACCACCAAUGAUGUGCAGCAAAGUGCUUCCAGUAGAUUAAAUAAUCCCAGUGAGAAACCCCUACAGCAGGCUGAUCCAGUCAACUCUCACUACAAAGCAAAGAAGUCUCGUCCAGAUGAAUCUCUCUCUGCCCCCUCAGUGGCUUCUCCCUCAGGGGUGGGGAAAGAGGGAGUGUCAGCCUCCGGCCUGCGGAGAUCUGCUCAGAGGAGAGGCCCUGGUGGCGGUGCUCAGAAGGCUCUAGGGAGCUCCCAGGUUGUGGACGAGCGCACAGUGGCGAUGGGCUUCCAUCAGUGGCUGGCCAGUGUGACAGAGAGGAUCCACCAGACCAUGCACUACCAGUUUGAUGGGAAACCACAGCCUCUGGUGUACCACAUUCCCCAGGAGUUCUUCAACGCUCUGCAGCAUCGUCUGUCCCUCGGAUCGAAGAAGAGGAGGCUGCCUAACUUCACAACAGCAUGUGUGAGAAAUGAUGGACUCCCCCUCGGUUCUCUCUCCAAGUACACCUGGCACAUCACUAAUCUCAUGCAGGUCAAACGCAUCUUUGACACACCAGAGCUGCCUCUGGAGCUCUCUCAGAGCUUUGUAAAAAACGCAGAUGGUUCUUAUUCGAGCUUUCGCUGUCCUGAGCCUCCACCUGAACCAGAAUUACCGGAGGGAUACAGGCCAGAUCGGCCGCAGGCGAUACGACCGAUGGAGCUCCGCACCUUCCUCAAAGUUGGUGCAGGCACCACGGACCAGAGGGAGGCCGCUCCAUUUGUGAUUGAGUGGAUCCCGGACGUUCUCCCUCGCUGUCAGAUGGGAGAGCUCAGGAUUAGUUUUGAGUUUGGCCACCAGCAGAGCGGUCAACUGGAGCAAUGUGAGAAAGUGGCAGUGCUGGAGAAAGGAGGUCGCAACAAGACAGACCCCACCCAGUCCAAACACACAAACACUGUUGACGUCCUUCAGAUAGUUCUGUAGUGUCCCUCUGGUUUCCUUUCUGUUAGACUGUGUUAACAUCUGCAGUAAGCAUGUUCCUGAUUUAACAGCAGGUGAAGUGCAUCCACGUUACAUUAUGCAAGGUAUGGCUAAUCAAUAAUUCCCCUUAUACAGUGUAUUAAUGAUAACAAUAUUUUAGACAGUCUGUUAUGGGGUAGUGCUCUUAUUAAUGGCCUUACAGUGUUUUCACAAGUAUACAGUAUUUAUGAAAGAAAUGCUAAUUUCUUAGCUAGUAAGCUUUUUUCCCACAACAGUUCAUGGAAACAGUUGAGAGCUUUAAAAAACAACCACACGUGUAAAACAAAUGGAAAUAUAUAUAUAUAUAUAUAUAAAUACAUAUAUACUGAGUGUUGGAACUUCCAAAGAAUGGUUUUGUCUUGUUUGCAUUGUUGUGUUAGCAAGAAAAUAAAUAGAUUUAAUUGAUAAAUAUGUUUCUUAAAUGCACAGUAGUGGAAAGCACAAGCACAGAGUUACUUUAUAUUUCUGCUCCACGACAUGUUAGUGGGAAAUAUUCAGCUUUUUACUUCACUACUUUUGUAUGUCAGCUUUUGUUACUUUCCAGAUUAAUAUUUAUCAUAAGCUUAAUAUUUAUCAUUCUGUAAGCUUAUCAUUUUUGAUAAGCUUACAGAAUGCAACACGUCGCUAAAGAUUUAACCAGGUGUUAACAACCCUUUUGGCCUAUGAGCCUUUAAAAAACACUUCUUGUUUCAGAUGUCAGUGAGUUGUUAAUUCCUCCAAAAAGAAACAUUCCCUCUAAAUUUCUCUGAUAGAUUCAUUUAAAUAACUGUUUUAACAUUAAUAUCUUACUGAAAAGCAAAGACUAACAAAAAUUUGUAUGAUAAUCCCAAAUGAUUUUGUCCCUCGGGGAAUAUGUUACUGUACAGAGUAAUGUAUUGUCCUGUGUGGUUGUUUUGUAAGAUAUCUUACUGCACAGAGAAUUAAUUUGUUUAAUUUGAUUAUUCAAAAUGUCAGUAAAACAACAGGAAAUCUUGUAGAUGAGACCUGGGAGACAAAUUUGUGUCCAAUGAAAAGGAGGGGAUUAGAAUUACAUGAUAAGAAAUGCAAUGAAAUUAUAUUUAUUGACACUGUUAGUGCUGCAUGGAACAUUUGUGUGCACAAUUUGUCUUCUGUGCCAUGUUUAUGUGAAAUAAAGACUUUUACAGCUGUC